UAUUAGCCUGUUUUAUAGGUGGCACGGAGUAUAUCAUGGAUCUAUAUGAGAAUAAUUUUAACUUCAGUUACUCUCAUAAAUAUAAUUAUUUCUAAAAAUGAAUAUCAAAGUAAAAAUAUGUAUCGUUGUUCUGGCCAGCUUUGAUUUUAGAAUUAUAUCCGAUUCACUACCAACAUGGUCGACCAACUCAAACACCUACAAGUGUAACUGUGUCACUGGACAAUGUGGAGGUCACACACCAUGUCCAGAUGGUCAGUGUUCUACAUGGUGGUUUGGUCCUGCCUGUCAGUACCAAAAUCUUCUGAAUGAUAAUUACACAGUGAGUGUCGAUGUGGCAGACAGAUAUAAGUUGUAUGAUGGUAGAGACGACACUUGUGUCAAUGUGACAAACUCACUCUCAGUAGCAUUUGACAAGUCUUAUUUGUUUACAUGGUUGAGAUUUACAGUACAAGAUGGAGGCAGUAACAAAGACAGCUUUAGCCUAACGUUCAAGAACAACACACCCGACUGGACAAUCCCCUGCAACAAACUAAACACCAACGUAGUCAACAACAGGACAACGGACGUCUGGUGUGAUAUGAACCAAACAACAAAUGCUCUCAAGUUGACAUGGAACAAACCCAUCACAAUUUGUUCGCUCUAUGUUAGUGGAGGUCGCAAUCUAGCAUUUCGUCAGCCUACAUCCCAAUCAUCGACUUACAUGAACGAAUCUCUGUCUGGUGCACAGAACGCUGUAGACGGUAACAUCGAUGGUGUAUUGGAUCACUACUCUUGUUCUCAUACAUCAGAGGCUGAGAUGAAUGGGUCUCCGUAUUGGAGGGUUAUGUUUGCAUGGGAAAAUUUCGUGAAUAGAAUUGUAUUAUAUAACAGAUGGUCCGUGAAUGCAGGUCGAUUAAAUCAGUUUAGACUGGAAAUAUACAACCAAGGGGAAAGAACUCUCAACUAUCAGGAUACAUCAACAGGGAUGGAGUCAUUAUACACAGUUACUAUGACAACCGUGCUGGCUACGUCUGUACGAAUCACAGCUACUUAUAAUUACGGAGGGGGAAUAUUUGUUACACUCUGUGAAGUUGAAAUGUUUGGAGAUUCAAACUGUGAUUGGGGCAAGUUUGGCCUAGAAUGUGAGAAGACUUGUAACUGUGCUACAGACGAAGCUUGUUUUGUUGCUACUGGAGGAUGUCCUUCUGGCUGUAAGGCUGGGUACUAUGGGGAGGCUUGUCAAAAGGCCUGUGAGCCACACACCUGGGGCAUCAGCUGUAACCAAAGCUGUAAUGACCGUUGUAUAGACAACACCUGUAACAGGUUUAAUGGAGACUGUGAUAAAGGAUGUAAAGACGCUCAUCAGCCUCCGGCUUGCACACAGGAACUCCAUUGUUUUGACGGAAGAGCUGAUGGCAUAGGUAUUGGUAUUGGAGUUGGAGUUGUGUUUACAACUAUUGUAAUUGUGAUAAUUACAGCCAUCUUACAUCGUUUAAAGUUGUUGAUCAUAGGCAGAAAUUUGGGACCCUAUCAAAUAAGGGAGGAAACUGUUCCAACAGGCAAGCAACAAACAGAGCAGAACAGGAACUAUGAAGAAGUAGCAGAGACAAGAAACAUUGGGGGACCAGUACAAUUAAAUGUUGGUCAUAAUGAAAGUGCUAAUGUUUAUGACGCUGUUGAUUUUGAAGAUAUUGGAAAACAGCGAACACAGUAUCAGGAAAUCCUCACAAAAUAGCAGUUAAAUUGUCUAUAUGUUGAUAGUAGUAAAAAUAA